AUGGGGGUCAUCAACCUGACCCGUGGCCGGAAGGACAAUGUGAUCGUUGAGGAUCUGCGCCCAACUCAAGAAAACGAGAAGACCGAUAUCAAUGUGGAGCAAAACACAAUAGAUGAUGGUCUGAACAACCUGGAUCGUGCGGAGAAGGAGAUCCGGGAACAUCCCGACGUUGUCAGCGCAAGUGCUGCAGAUGGUGUGCGCAAGGCUGAGGCUGUUGCUUUGGUCUGGAGCAAGAAGGCCGUGUUCGCGACGUAUGCCUGGAUUUGGGUCUGCUUCUUCAUGUUGGCAUUGCAUUCCUCUAUCGGCACAAAUGUUCUUUAUUACGCCUACUCCAACUUCCAGAAUGCUUCUCAGGUUAGCACUGCGACCAUCCUGGCAAGCAUUGUCGGUGGAGUCCUCAAGCUCCCCAUCGGAAAGAUUUUGACACUAUGGGGACGUGCUGAAGGUCUCAUCAUCUUCACGGGCGUGUAUAUCCUUGGUAUUAUCAUUCUUGCUGCUUGCAACAACGCCAAUACUUACGCUGCCGGCUACGUUCUUUACUGGGUUGGAUAUGAUGCGAUCUAUAUCAUCCUAGAUAUCUUCAUUGCCGAUACUUCGGGCAUGCGCAACCGUGCUUUUGCCUUUGCCUUUGCCUCUACGCCCUUCAUCUGCACUUCCUUCACGGGCCCCUUGGCUGCUACACAUUUCUUGAAGACUUCCAACUGGCGCUGGGCUUAUGGCUCUUUUGCUAUCAUUAUGCCCUUUGUCUUCCUCCCUCUGGCUGGUGUCUUCAAGUUCUAUGAGAAGAAGGCUCGAAAGAUGGGUGUCUUGCAACGCCCAGCUAGCGGCCGGACUACGAUGCAGUCUAUUCUUCACUAUUUGCACGAGUUUGACAUUAUCGGCGCCUUCAUCCUAAUGGCGGCUUUUAUCUUGUUCCUCCUUCCCUUCAGCCUGGCCAACUACGGCCGUGCUCAGUACGGCGAAGCCGCCUUUAUCGCACCCCUGGUCAUUGGCUUCCUCCUCUUCUUCGCCUUUGCAGCCUGGGAAAAAUGGUUUGCCCGCACCCACUUUAUCCCCUACCAGCUCUUCAAAGAUCGCACCGUCUUUGGCGCUUGUAGUCUCUCAGCUAUCCUCUACUUCAGCUUCUAUUCCUGGGAUUUGUACUACUACUACUUUGUGAUGAUCGUAUACAAUCUCGAUGUCACGACAACCGGCUACAUGACAGCAAUUUACACUGUGGGAUCCUGCUUCUGGUCCCCGAUCUUCGGCCUCUGGAUCCGCUACGUGAAGGAGUUCAAAUACAGCUGCCUCUUCUUCGCUCUGCCAUUGAUGGCCCUCGGCGCCGGACUGAUGAUUCACUUCCGCGGCUCAGACAGCGAUAUCGGGUACGUGAUCAUGUGCCAGAUCUUCAUUGCCUUCGCUGGAGGUAUGAUGGUCAUCGGCGAGCAGAUGGCCGUCAUGUGCGCAUCUGAUCGUGAGGGUAUCCCCAUGAUGAUCUCGCUGGUUUCUCUGUUCUCGAACUUGGGCGGUGCCAUUGGUUAUGCCGUCUCUGCUGCUAUCUACGCCAACACUUUCCCCCAGGGACUGCGUGAGGCCUUGCCGGAGAGGGCUAAGGACCAGUGGGCUAGCAUCUAUGCUGGUGGCUAUGUUGCUCAAAUGAAGUAUCUACCCGGCACUGAAGAGCGUGACGCGAUCAACUUCGCCUACGGUUACAGUCAGAAGUACGGUUGCAUUGCUGCGACGGCAAUUCUUGUACUUGCUAUUCCGUGUAUCAGUAUGUGGAGACAUUAUAGGGUGGAUAAGGAGCAGAACAAGGGCACUGUUCUCUAA